CGUGCUCACUUUUAACGAAACAUGGCCGACUCCCAGGACGACAAGCUGUACCGGGCGGAAUACGCCAAGACCGGCCGGGCUUCGUGCAAGAAGUGCAAAGACAGCAUCGCUAAGGACUCGCUGCGGAUGGCCAUCAUGGUGCAGUCCCCGAUGUUUGACGGGAAGGUGCCACAGUGGCACCACUUCUCCUGCUUCUGGCAGCGAGCGGCCACUCAGUCUCCAGCCGACAUCGCCGGGUUUUCUGUUCUGCGCUGGGACGACCAAGACAAAAUCAAAAAGGCCAUCGAGAACGGAGGAGCUGCAGGAAUUGGAAAAGGCGAUGUGAAGGGUGCAGCCAAAGGAGAGAAGACGCUGAACGAGUUCGCGGUGGAAUACGCCAAGUCCAACCGCAGCACGUGCAAAGGCUGCGAGCAGAAAAUAGAAAAGGAUCAGAUCCGUGUUUCCAAGAAAUUGGUGGACCCCGAGAAGCCUCACCUGGGUCUGAUUGACCGCUGGUACCACACGGCGUGCUUCGUGAGCUCCAGGGAGGAGCUGGUCUUUAAGCCCGAGUACAGCGCUGCCCAGCUGAAGGGGUUCGACAUGCUGCGGGCGGAGGACAAGGACGAGCUGAAGAAGAGGAUCCCUGCCGUCAAAUCCAAAGGGAAACGCAAAGGCGAUGCUGUGGACGGAGCGUCCAAAAAGCUGAAGGGCGAGGACGACGCCGAGCAGAAGAAGCUGGAAGAGGAGCUGAAGAAUCAAAACCAGCUGAUUUGGGGAAUCAAAGACAAGUUGAAGAAGUAUUGUUCAGUCAAUGACAUGAAGGAGCUGCUGAUUGCAAACGGACAGGAAGUUCCCUCUGGAGAGUCUAAUGUGAUGGACAGCCUGGCCGACGGCAUGGCCUUCGGUGCGCUCGAGUCCUGUAAGGAGUGCUGGGGGCAGCUGGUGUUUAAAGGAGACUCAUAUUACUGCACAGGAGACAUCUCAGCCUGGACCAAGUGUGUGUUCAAAACCAGAAAACCACAACGAAAAGACUGGCUCACCCCGAAGGCGUUCCAUGAAGUCCCUUUUCUGAAGAAGUUCAAGUUCAAGCGACAGGACAGGGUUUACCCCAGAGAGGCUCCGCCCAAAACCACGACAUCAGUCAAAGCCGAAGCUCUGCCGAGUGCGUCCACCGGUCCGACGGAGAACGUGACGGAAGCAGCCCCUUCAGACAAGCCUCUCACUGGUAUGAAACUGCUGUCUGUUGGGAAGCUGUCGAAGAACAAAGACGACCUGAAGGCUGCUGUUGAGGAGCUGGGGGGGAAGAUCACAGGCACUGCCAGCAAGGCCUCUCUCUGUCUCAGCACCCAGAAGGAGGUGGAGAAGAUGAGUAAGAAGAUGGAGGAAGUAAAAGACAAGGGCGUGCGAGUGGUUUCUGAGGAUUUCCUCACAGACGUCAAAUCGUCCGGCAAAGCCCUCCAGGAGCUGGUCUCCCUGCACGCCAUCUCGCCCUGGGGCGCAGAGGUUAAAGCUGAAGCUCCGGCUCCGUCCGUGAGCUCUAAGUCUGGAGCACCAGCUGCCAAAAGCUCAGGAAAGGUCAAGGAGGAGGAGGGUGGGAGUAAAUCCAAAAAGUUGAAGCUGACGGUGAAAGGUGGAGCUGCUGUGGACCCAGACUCAGGUCUGGAGAACAGUGCCCACGUUCUGGAGAAGAGUGGGAAGAUGUACAACGCCACUCUGGGUCUGGUGGACAUCGUCCGAGGGACGAACUCGUACUAUAAGCUGCAGCUGCUGGAGGACGAUGUCCACACGCGGUACUGGGUGUUCAGGUCAUGGGGCAGAGUGGGGACCACCAUCGGCGGCAACAAGCUGGACAAAUUUAGCGACAAAAAUUCUGCGCUGAAUAACUUCCUCAGUGUUUACAGGGAGAAAACAGGAAAUGACUGGGACACCUCCGAUUUCACCAAAUAUCCCAACAAGUUCUACCCGCUGGAGAUCGACUACGGACAGGAUGAGGAGGCGGUGAAACAGCUGACUGCCAGUGCUGGCACCAAGUCCAAGCUGCCCAAACCAGUUCAGGACCUGAUCAAGACCAUCUUUGAUGUGGAGAGCAUGAAGAAGGCCAUGGUGGAGUUUGAGAUCGACCUCCUGAAGAUGCCUCUUGGUAAGCUGAGUAAACGACAGAUCCAGAGCGCCUACGCUCUCCUGACUGAAGUACAGCAGGCUGUUUCAGCCCAUGUACCCGAGGCACAGAUCCUGGAUCUGUCCAAUCGCUUCUACACCCUGAUACCUCACGACUUUGGCAUGAAGAAACCCCCCCUGCUCAACAGCCUGGACUACAUUCAGGCUAAAGUCGAGAUGUUGGACAACCUGUUGGACAUCGAAGUGGCGUACAGCCUGCUGAGGGGCGGGGCUCAGGACAACGAGCACGAUCCCAUCGACAUCAACUACGAGAAACUCAAAACCAAGAUCGAGGUCGUUGACAAGAACACGCAGGAGGCCGAGGUCAUACUGCAGUACGUUAGGAACACGCACGCUGCUACGCACAACACGUACACACUGGAAGUGGAUGAAAUCUUCAAAGUUGCUCGAGAGGGAGAGCACCAGCGCUUCCGCCCCUUCGAGGAGCUACACAACCGGCAGCUGCUGUGGCACGGCUCUCGCACCACAAACUACGCCGGGAUUCUGUCUCAGGGUCUUCGUAUCGCACCUCCAGAGGCCCCGGUGACUGGUUACAUGUUUGGCAAAGGCGUUUACUUUGCUGACAUGGUGUCCAAGAGUGCGAACUACUGUCACACCUCGCAGUCGGACCCCGUUGGCCUCAUACUGCUGGGAGAAGUCGCUCUAGGCAACAUGCAUGAGCUGAAGAAGGCUUCCCACAUUACAAAGUUGCCAAAGGGCAAGCACAGUGUUAAAGGUUUGGGUCGAACCGCCCCUGAUCCAAGUGCUACCACCAGUUUGAACGGGGUGCAAGUGCCUCUGGGAAAAGGAGUCCACACUAACAUUGAUGACACAAGUCUACUGUACAACGAAUACAUCGUAUAUGACGUGGCACAAGUAAACUUGAAGUAUCUCUUGAAGGUCAAGUUUAAUUACCAGACAUCCUUGUGGUGAAAACGUCUUGUUUAAACCCUUCAAGAAAAGAAAUAUAGGAAAAGGACCACAGUUGCAUUCAGACGCCUGGACUUCAUUCUCUACAGCGACAACAGAAAUGUCAGAGAUGCUUUACUUUUAACAGUGGUUGUUUGAAGUAUUGUGUCACUUUACGGCUUUUUCGUGAGGUUUUUUUAGCAGACAACCUUUGUUCAACGUGCUCAUAGUAUUGGAAGUAACAGCUCAACAGUAGCUGAAGCAAAGAAAGUAAAGAAAUCUUGUGAGAAGUCCAGAGAUAAACCUCAGAAAAUGUUAAUAAUCACGUAUAGGAAGUGUUUUGUGUUGAAAGGGUUUUAUCGUUCUGUAAUAAACCUUUAGUUGUUAAACCUUAGAGAGUAUUACUUUGUGAGCAGCUCAUCUGCUGACAUUCAAAUACCUUUUCAAGGGUUUCUCCUUGAAGUAGCCACUAAUGUGCGUUUUGCUCCAUGCUCAUCUGAAGAUACUGUACGGGGGUUGACAUGUAAAUAUUUUUGUUGUCUUCCUUUCUGAAAGUUGAAACAAAGCGGACUGUUCAUGCAGCGCGCUCUUGCAAAAAUCGCAAUAGUAUUUUUUUCUUAGUCUUUCUCUUGUUACUUAAAUCACAAUAAA